AUGGAAUCCUCUUUGCCUUCCUUCCAAGUCUUGGGUUUUGGUGGAAGUGCUGAGAGGAAAAAUGACGCAGAAAAUUACAAUGAAGUGAUGUCCACCCUUCCAAAAGUUAAAGGCUUGAGGGGGGACGAUUAUUACCUGUACCAAGGCUUUUGGUACUCUGCCUUCUUCUUGGAAGGACUCAUGUCUGUUCAAGAGCACUUCACUCCUCAAUCCACCGAUAUAUUUGUCGCCAGUUUUCCAAAAACUGGCACAACUUGGCUUAAGGCCCUCACUUUUGCUAUUCUUACACGAUUCCGUUUAAGUGGUUCAACAACUAGUUCUUUACUUACCAAGAUGCCGCAUGACUGUGUUCCUUUUUUGAAAUAUAACCUUGCUCAAAACCCGAGUAAUCGGGACUUGGCAAUUCCUCUGCUAUCCACUCAUGUUCCUUACAGUAGUUUACCUAAAUCUAUCAUUUCUUCUUGUUGCAAGAUUAUUUACAUUUGCAGGGACGCAAAGGAUGCUUUUGUUUCUUUGUGGUACUUUCAUGCCAACUUGCAAAGGUCGAAAAAUGUUGAGCAUCUUCCUCUGGAAGAGGCUUUUGAGCUGUUCUGCAAUGGAAUUGCAAAUCACGGACCAUACUGGGACCAUGUUUUAGGGUAUUGGAGAGCAAGCUUGGAGUUCCCUGAGAAGAUACUGUUCUUGACGUACGAGGAAAUGAAGAAAGACACCGCUGCUCAUGUUAAGAAAUUAGCUGAGUUCAUGGGUUGUUCUUUCACCUUAGAGGAAGAGGAGGAAGGCGAGGUGCAAAAGAUAAUAAGCAUGUGUAGUUUUGAGAAGUUGAGCAACUUGGAGGUGAAUAAAAAUUUGAAGUGCCUUCAAGACAUAUCAAUUCCUAUUCCAAAUAGUAUAUACUUCAGGAAAGGUGAGAUAGGCGACUGGGAAAAUCACUUGACACCUGAAAUGGGAGCACGUCUAGAUGACAUAAUGGAGCAGAAGCUCAAGGGUUCAGGCUUGAAGCUGCCCAGGUGACUGUGCCUGGGUUCCAUUUGCUUACGAUUAUUGCCGAAGUGAGUUCAUCAAAAGCUGCUUUCAACAUCUCGUGAAACAGCAAUUAUGUAUCCCAAUAAAUACCCUCUCUGUUCAUUUCUUCUAUUUCCUAGCAAGUAUUCACAUCUUGUGAAUCAUCCAUGUCUAUAAGCAAUAUUCUUAUGUGAAUCUGUGGAAUGAUUGUUUUCCCCUACUCGCGAUUACUGCGGACUUAAUUCGCGAUUUUAACAACCUUCAUCUGUGCAAGUAAAGAAUC